CAUAACGUGCACGAAUUCGCUGAAGUUUCGAUAUUAAACAAUAAUGGGUUGUUGUGCGUAUAAACUAUUAGUAUUCGACUCGCCAGGUGUAGCAGAACAUUGACCAAUUUUGAAUGAUGGCUGAUUAAGUGGUAAAUCACGGACACCCCUCCAAAAUAAAACCGAGAAAAACCAACUAUAUAGAAAGGCAAAAAAACGGCAAGACCAACACCAAUAGCAACAACAACAACAACACCACCCACAAGUGAUGGCCUCUUCUUCUUCCUUCGCGCAUGUGAAUAACAAAUGUAACCAACCCGCUGCUACUGCUGCUCCUCCUCCUCCACCUGCUGCUGCACAUGCACAUGGACAUGCACCUGUUUCUGGCUCUAGUCUAACUCUUGGUGAUUUAAUUGGCCUACAAUUGGAUAGGUUAAAUCUCAAUGAUUUACAUUAUAAAGAUGAAUUACAAUUGUUAUUGCUAUUGGCGCCAGCACAGCGACAAAAGUUACCGCCCUAUGAUAAGGAUAAGGAACAAGAGGAACAUGAGCAUAGAGAUAAGGAUGAAGCGCCAUUGUCUAGGCCAGAGAAUGGUGAAGUGGAAGAUGACCUGAUUGGUGCAGUGGGCGGAUUAAGCAUUUCACCCACUGUCACAGCAACAGCAACAAGGGAACCCCUGGUGGAUUUCAGAACGCACGUACUUAAAUGGUUUCAACGUCUGCGUGAACAAACCGCCCACUUCAAAUCGGAGGAGGAAUCACGUCGCAUGCGUGAGGCCGGCAACGAUUUAUACCGCAAGGAGAGGCAUUCACUUAAGGCCAGCGAUCUCUUCACAGAAGCCAUAUUUUUAGCACCCGCCAGGAAUAGUUUAGCCGCCGCCUUGGCCCAUGCCAAUCGAUCCUUGGUCCUCUAUGAUUGUGGCAUGUAUUCGGAAUCCUAUGAUGACUGUCUGUGCGCUUUGGAUCUGGGCUAUCCGGAGGAGUAUUUACCAUUGAUUAAGUUGCGACAAGCCGCUUGUGCCUUAAAGCUGCGCAAUUUCGCUCUAUGCGAGGAGCAUCUUCAUGAAUUGCUGCACAUUGCCGAACUGAACGAAGUCUUUGAGUCGCGCACCCAUGAGCUUUGGCAUCAGUGUGAAGUGCUUAAAGUGGAGCGUUUUGAGAUGGCUGUGCAAACUGGAGAUGAUCUGCAAACGAAUGAUACGAAAGCCUUUGAGAUUGCCUGGAUGGACAAUCGUUCAUCGUUGCAAACAACCCGAGCAUUGUCCAAGAACGCCUUGAUUUUCGAAUCCGAGGCUGUUGCCAUGGUUCCCAGUGGCAAUUGUCGGGUUUGCGAUAAUUGUGGCAUCAGUCAGUUUAUACCAUUUCCCUGCAUUUACUGCUCCAAUCGUCUGGUUGUCUACUGUUCACGUCAGUGUCGCUUCAAACAUGCCCCCAUUCAUGCUUUGGAAUGUUUUGGCCAUCAAAUCGAACUGUUUGAAUCGUUUGGCGAGGUUUUUGGUAUGCCUCGCCUUCUGCAAUUGGCAUUUCGUAUGCUUGUCUCAGGACUGCCAGAACUGCUCUCACAUUGUCGUAAGAAACCCACAAUGAAUAAGCUAUGGGGAGCCAUCAAUGGAGCACUUCUUGACCGUCAAGAUAUAGCCUAUUGCUCGGUACUGAGAAUGGAACAAUUGCACGAGGAGAAGACUUCAAGAACCCUCUUGGCCUUGGCUCUGGCAUCGCACGUUUUGGCCAUCUAUUUAAGUAAAUGCACCACAUUCUUCGAUCAGUUGGAACAUAGUUUGCCCACAGCCUCUAGAUUGUCCAAUGGCGAGUGGGAGCUUCUCUGCGCCGCCUUAUUAUUACGUCACAUUGGCCAGUUGCGCCAUAAAUCACUCAUACGUUGCCGCUCCUUUGUACUACCAGCUGAUCCGCAUAUAUUCUCACCGUAUCAAGAGUUUCAACUAUGGGCAGCUCCGAAUCGACUGCAGGAAGGACAUUUACAUCUGCUGGCCGGUGAAGUGGCCGUGGUCUCUUAUGCUGUCUACUCUGAAACAAUGAGCCUCUGCCGACAUAGUUGUUCAUCGACAAUUUGUAGUAAAUUCUCGGGACGCAAACUCACUGCCUUGGCCCUAAUGGAUUUGCCCUCGGGAUCAGGUAUAUAUAAUUGCUUUGCCACUGGCAAUGAUCACCAAAUGUCGCGGGAGGAGCGACAUAUUCAACUGAAAAGUCGUGGCAUUGAUUGUAAUUGCACCUCAUGCCAGAUUUCUCAAGCGGAUGAACAAUUUCAUAAAUUUCAUCGCUAUCGUUGUGAUAAUUCCAAGUGCAUGGAAAUUUUCGUACCCAAUGCUUUGCAUAAUGCACCAAAUCUACGAUGGUGGUUGUCCGAGGACUAUACCCAACCUGAACAUAAUGGAGCAGAGCUAAUCAUGUGUCCGCAUUGUGGUGAAGCGCAGAAAUUGGAAUGGUUUUGGGCAUUUCAAACAGCGUUAAUCGACUGUGAGCUAAUUGAGGAGCGUUGUAAACUUUAUGCAGCAAUUGAGAGAUCAGAGAAUCAGCUAAUGGAUCUCCAUGAGUGUAAAGUAGUCCUGGCCAGACUUUUGCUGGAACAAUGCCUAAUGGUGCAUCGAGAAGGAGCCACCGUACUAGAUGAUUGGGAAUUCAAUAAACUUGGCUCAAUAAUGCGCGCCGCUUUGCCCAAUGUUGUAUCCCAAUAUGGUAGCCAAUCGAUUGAGUAUGUUAAGCAUUUUGCCUAUUUCUGGGAUGUGAUGGCAUUGAGCACAUAUAAAUGCAAUGAUCGUGAGCUAAUGCAAAUGCUUAAUGCUCUCGAGUUUAUUGCCGAUGAGUAUAAGGAUAUAUUCAUCAAUUACUAUGAGGAUUAUAUUGCGCCCAAAUUCGCUGAAGAAUCCUAUGGCAGCAUCGUAGAUACGCAAGUCUAACAAAUCAGAUAUAUAGAUAAAAUAGUUCAAAUUUGUUUUCUUAUUGUAGGAAAAAUCCCCAUCACACAGAUUGUUAAUUCAUUUUCAUACACACACACACACACCCACACACAAACACACAACUUUGUGCUAUUAGAUAAAAAUGGUGCUGAGAUAUUAAAUUGUACGAAACGAAUGUUACAUUCAUUUAGAUCAUUAAGUAAUUUGAAGAAGAAAAAAUAAUAAUCAAAAAAAAAGGCAUAUUUAGAGAUCAUAUCACACACAGACAGACAUUACAUUCAUAUCAUAUCUCUCUCCUUUUAUCUUCCUGCCACCUCUUUUUUAGGAUAACUAUUUUCAAAUUUUAGCAAAAUGUAUUCUCUUUUCGUUUUCGAUUUACAUUGCAAUAAUUUUCAAAAGAAUAUACGGAUUUGUGGGUCACUGUGUGCUAAGAAGAAGAAGAACAACAACAAUAAUAAUA